AUGACACUUACUCAGACCUGUAGUGCGGUGGUGACUAGACCAAUUUUUGAGAAGUUGUUUGAUCCGGGGAGUUUCACGAUUCCCUACACCAUUGGUAAUUUUGCUUUUGUUGAAACACUUUGUGAUCUAGGAGCCAACAUAAAUCUUAUGCCCGUGGCGAUUUAUAAGAGGCUGGGGAUUGGAAGAGCUAGACCCACCUCUAUGUUGUUCCAACUGGCUGACAGGACUGUAAAAAGACCCUCAGGUAUCCUGGAUGAUGUGUUGAUUCAGACUAGGGAACUCAAGAUGAGAUUGAAUGAUGAAGAGAUAACAUUUAAUGUGCAAAAAUCUAUGAGGCGAUCAAGUGAAUUCGCCAAUUGCUCUCUUAUUGAUACCGUGGAUGUAAUUGUGGAAACUGAUGAUGAGAUUCUGACUAUUGAGGACCCUCUUACUGCAUAUCUGAUGAAUUUAGAUGAGGUGAAUGGAGAAGAACUGGCAGAAUGGGUAUUGGAAUUAGAGGGCAGAGGAUUCUAG